UUCCGGUGGCGGCGUCGAGGCUGGCUCCGGGCGCGAGCGGCCCCGGGCCCGUUCCUAACCCCUCACCCUGGGCUUGCCCGCGAAGCCUACCUUUGGUCUCCAGUAUCCGAGUAGAGCCGGGCCGGAGCGGGGGACGGCAGGGCUGCCUCUGAGGUGGUAAAAUGUGCUGCGAGAAGUGGAGCCGCGUGGCCGAAAUGUUUCUCUUCAUUGAAGACCGGGAUGAGGAGUAUAAGAUCCUUUGCCUCUGCUCCAGGGCAUUUGUAGAGGAUCGAAAAUUGUGCAAUUUGGGAUUAAAAGGCUACUAUGUCAAAGGCAGUGGCAACAAUGCAGGAGACCACACUACAGAAGAGGAGGAAGGUGGUCAUUCCCAUGGUACUGCAGAAUCAUGUGACAGCAAAGGCAUAGGCCUAGAUGAAAAUGAACUUGAUUCUGAGGCCGAACUCAUGAGAAGUAUGGGAUUGCCACUUCAAUUUGGUGGGAUAGCUGCACAUGAUAAAUUUGAGGUGUCUAUGAAUACUAGAAAUAAAGUUAAAAUAAAAAAGAAAAAGAAAAAGCAUCAAAAGAAAUACUUAAAUGAAAUUAUGCAAGAAUCUUGGAGAAAAGAAUAUGAAGAAGAUGAUAUUUUGGAUUCAGAUGACCCAUCUGAAGUUGAACAGUAUGAGAACACAAGAACAUGUAAACUUCAAAGCAAAGAACACAUCCAAACAGAAAAUCUUCCUGUUGAAAAUACAUUAUCGCCAAAACUAGAGAUUACAGAGAAAUGGGAAAAGUAUUGGAAUGAAUAUGGAGGAGGACUGUUGUGGCAAAGCUGGCAAGAAAAACAUCCAGAUCAAACACUGUCUGCUGAACCUUGGAACUUUGCUGAUACAAAGGAAGAAUGGGAGCAACAUUAUAGUCAACUUUAUUGGUAUUAUUUAGAACAAUUUCAGUACUGGGAAGCUCAGGGUUGGACUUUUGAUACCUCGCAAAGCUGUGAUACAGAUACUUGUGCAUCAGAAGUUGACAGCAAGAAAGAUGAAAAUUAUGUGAAGGUCAACUUAAUAUCUUUCCCAUCUUUACCUACUGCAGUAGAUAGUGACAACUCUGGUACAAGUGAUAAGGAUCAUAAUGAAAUACUUGAUGGAAUUAGUAAUAUAACUCUGAAUUCAGAGGUAGUAGAACAGAGCCAAUUAGAUUCUUCAGUAAGUCGUGGUGGUUGUCAGCAGCUCAGUGAAGUUAGUAGCAGGAGAGAGUGCCCUGCAUCUGGCCAAAGUGAACCGUGUAAUAAUGGUGGCACCAAGGAAAACAGCUCAUCUGGGAAUAGAAGCACAGACCAACCAGCUCAGGAUUCACAAGAAUCUUCAGGAGCAAACACAAGCAAAGACAGACCACACACCAGUGGUAUUGAUGACGAGGAGAGCGAAGAAGAUCCACCUGAGCACAAGCCAAGCAAACUGAAGAGGAGCCAUGAACUAGACAUCGAUGAAAACCCAGAUCCAGACUUUGAUGACAAUGGUUCCCUUCUAGGAUUCAAGCAUGGCUCAGGACAAAAAUAUGGCGGAAUUCUGAAUUUCAGUCAUCGGCAGGUCAGGUAUCUAGAGAAGAAUGUGAAGCGUAAGUCUAAGUACCUGGACAUGCGCAGACAAAUAAAGGUGAAAAACAAACACAUCUUCUUUACUGAAGAGUCAGAAAAACUACUUUUUAAGAAAAGCAAAGUUCUGAGUAAGGUAGAAAAAUUCCUAACAUGGGUUAACGAACCAGUGGAUGAAGAAGUGUCACAAGAGUCGUUUUCUCAGAACAACGUGCCAGACACUUGCACAAGUAGUGAUUCAGAGGAACAAGACAUGUCUGUUAAAAAAGGUAGUGAACCACUGGAGACUAGUAAUCCAGAACCUGAAAGAUGUCAGAUCAUAUCUUCAACUGGUGAACUUGAAAUAGAAAAAAAUGAAGGAGCUGGCUUGGGCACAAUUGUUCCAGAUAAGCAGAAUUGUGUUAUUCAAGAUAUGCCAGACUCUCUUCAGGCAGAAACUGAAGCUGAAGUAAAAAAGAAGAAGAAGAAGAAAAACAAGAACAAAAAGGUAAAUGGCCUGCCACCUGAGAUAGCUUCUGUUCCAGAGCUAGCAAAAUACUGGGCCCAGAGAUACAGGCUCUUCUCCCGUUUUGACGAUGGGAUUAAAUUGGACAGAGAAGGCUGGUUUUCAGUUACACCUGAAAAGAUUGCUGAACACAUUGCUGGCCGGGUCAGUCAGUCCUUCAAGUGUGACAUUGUAGUAGAUGCAUUCUGUGGAGUUGGAGGCAAUACAAUUCAAUUUGCCUUAACAGGAAAGAGAGUGAUUGCCAUUGAUAUUGAUCCUGUUAAGAUUGAUCUUGCUCGUAAUAAUGCAGAAGUUUAUGGUGUGGCAGAUAAGAUAGAGUUCAUCUGUGGAGAUUUCCUGCUACUGGCUUCUUGUUUGAAGGCUGAUGUUGUGUUCCUCAGCCCACCUUGGGGAGGGCCAGACUAUGCCACUGCAGAGACCUUCGACAUUAGGACGAUGAUGUCUCCUGAUGGCUUUGAAAUUUUCAGACUUUCCCAGAAGAUCACUAAUAAUAUUGUUUAUUUUCUUCCAAGAAAUGCUGAUGUUGACCAGGUGGCAUCCUUAGCUGGGCCUGGAGGGCAAGUGGAAAUAGAACAGAACUUUCUUAACAACAAAUUGAAGACAAUCACUGCUUAUUUUGGUGACCUGAUUCGAAGACCAGCCUCUGAAACCUAACUGAGGCAGUGCUGAGACAAACAGAUCAAGUAGUGGUCAGAACGUUAUUCAGAUAAGACACUUGGAAUGUCUUCCUGGACUCACUGACACUUUGUAUGCAUAGUCUUAUAUCACCAUAUGAAAUAGAAACUUCCAGGAGUUGAAUGAAUGUUAAUGAAGGGCUUUGAGAUCUUUGGGUAAUGUUAACUAUGUAUAUUGUACAUUAGGAUAGUAAGUGUCUGAUAUGGAAAGGGGAGGCUUGCCCCUGUGCUUAAUUUCAGUGUGUGUAUUUUUAUGUAUGUCUGUGUAUUUUUUUAAUUUUGUAUGUUUUGGUUUACCAUCUUUGUAUGCAUGUAUAUGUGUGCAAAAAAGAAAAUUGUGUUUUUUUAAAAUAGAUACAAAGAAAACAAUGAAUUAGUUAUAUUCUAUCCACCCAUUUAAUCCCUACCAAAAUAAAUAAUGUUACAUGUUUAGGGCUAGAAAUGUGAACAGUACAGAAUGGUACAAAAUGAAAAGUCUUCCACCCCUUUCCCUACCCUUUAUUCGUUUAUCUAAAGGUAAUUCGUUUAAUUAAAGGUAAUCACAGUUAACAGUUUUUAUAAUUCCUGUGGAAAAGCAAAGAAUUGCAAUAUACCCUAAUGCACUUUUUUCCCCUCAUUAAUGCACUGUUGGAUACCUUCUUCUCUUUUUUUUAACUUUGUAUCUUUUUAUAAAAGUAUGUAUUUUUUUUACUAGUAUACAUGGAAGACCUUUCCAUAUCAGUACAUACAUGUAGAUCUACCUCAUUUUUUUAAUGGCUGUAUUGCAUUUCUUUUUCUGGAUGCGCCAUAAUUAAACAGUUCUCUGUUGAUAGACACUUAGGCUGUUUUCAGUUUUUUACAGUUACCCACUAUUCUGCACUGUCCUUAAGUAUAAUCUAUGUUGUUGAACAAGUAUACCCAUGGGGUAAAUUUCUACCUGUCAGAUUGCUGGAGUUUGUACAUUUUAAUUUUGAUGGGUGUGGUCAAAUUGCCUCAAUACAGUUGGAGGUAAUUGUGUUCGCAUCCACGGUGGUUAGACGGCAUAUUUUCUUCCACCCUUCCCAGCUUGGGGCGUCAAGCAUUUUGAUUGUUGCUAUCUCAUGGGUAAGGAAAAUGGUAUCUUAUUGUUGGUAUGCAUUUCCUUAAUUAUGAAUGAUAUUUGGCAUAUUUUCAUACAUUUUAUCUUCUUUAGUUUUCUCCCAAUUUUUAAAUUUUUAUUAUGAAUUAUCUUUUUCUUAUAUAUGAGUUCUUUGUAAAUUAAAGAGCCCUUUGUCUUUAGUAGGUCUUACAGAUAUGUUUUUCCAGUUUGUUGUUAGCCUUUAGAUUUAUUGGGGUGUUUCUGUUUUUGCCAUAUGAAAGUUUUUAAUUUUAUGCAGUCAGACUUACUAGUCUUUUAUCUUUGUUGCUUCUGGGUUUAUGUCAUUUUGAGAUAUCUUUCCUUUUCCCCAAAAAAAUACUUUUAUUCAGACUUCUUACUAGAACUGUCCUGUUUUCAUGUCUUUGCUUCAUCUGGAAUUUGAUUUUUGACACGCUUUUUAUAAAGAUAGUGUUUUUAAAUUUUCCAUUGCAAAAUCAACAUGAAAUGUAUUUUGUAAUAAAGGAGAUAAUCCUUUUCUAUUAAAAUGGCAAUGAAAGGAAAAGGAAUAUGUGUUGUUUAAUUAUUCAUCUAGAAAGUGUGUUCAGUCAUUUUUACAAGUAGAUAAAAAGACAGUGACAUACAACUCUUGCCAUUGCAGGUUGGACUUGAGACCUUUAUCUUUUAAUAAUGUAAGCACGUUAAACAUUAUACAAAAGACAAUUUGGAGUGAGAUAGAGCUGGGGAAAUUGAAAUAAACUUGAGGGGCCUGGCAAGGUGGCUCACUCCUGUAAUCCUUUGGGAGGCCAAGGCAGGAGGAUCACUUGAGCUGAGGAGUU